GGGAGGGGCACUCUAAGGAGCAGGUGAGCUCUCUGGCUGUCCAGCAGAGUGCAGGGCUGCAGCACCCUUCGCGUACACUGGAUGGGUGAGAGGGGAAAGGUGAAUAGAGCUGAAGAAAAAGCAUCGCGGUUCCGUUCGGUCGGUGCCGUCCACUUUCUUCCAGAACAAGCUAACCUGGGCUAACUCCAGUGAGGGACAUGGCAGCUUCAGGCAGAUUGGACUCGGAGCUGCCAGAGUACAGAAACUAUGUGGUUUCACGACCUGUCUACAAUGAGCCUUCCUUCCUGGAGCAGUACGAGCGGCAGCUGCGAGAGCGCAAGACAGUCCGCGAGAAAUUGGUCAAAUGCUGCAGUUGCUCCAGAAGGCGGCUCAUUGGAAUACUGAAGUCCCUUUUCCCCAUCUUGGAGUGGUUACCCAAAUACCGUGUUAAAGAAUGGCUACUUAGUGACACAAUUUCUGGUGUUAGCACUGGGCUUGUGGCCACUUUACAAGGUAUGGCCUAUGCGUUAUUGGCUGCAGUUCCUGUCGGAUAUGGUCUUUACUCUGCUUUCUUUCCCAUCUUGACAUAUUUUAUUUUUGGAACAUCAAAACACAUCUCAGUCGGACCCUUUCCUGUGGUCAGUUUGAUGGUGGGAUCUGUUGUGCUAAGCAUGGCCCCCGAUGAACAGUUUAUCUUGCCUAGCAUUAAUGGUACAGUCGACAAUGAUACCCAGAUAGACUUUGGCGCCAGAGAUGCAGAGAGAGUGUUAAUUGCCAGCACCCUCACUGUUUUAGUAGGCAUUAUACAGUUGGUAUUAGGGGGUUUGCAGAUUGGAUUCAUCGUUCGAUAUCUCGCAGAUCCAUUAGUCGGAGGAUUCACAACAGCAGCUGCCUUUCAAGUAUUUGUCUCACAGCUGAAAAUUGUCCUCAACAUUUCGACCAAAAAUUAUAAUGGUGUCCUCUCAAUAAUCUAUACUCUGGUUGAAAUAUUUGAAAAAAUUGGUACCACGAACAUGGCAGACUUCAUUGCUGGACUGCUUACUAUUGUUAUCUGCAUGGUUGUUAAAGAGAUAAAUGAUCGAUUCAAACACAAAAUUCCGAUUCCUAUUCCUAUAGAAGUAAUUGUGACAAUUAUAGCUACAGCCAUUUCAUAUGGAGUCGACCUAGAAAAAAAGUACAAUGCUGGCAUUGUUAAAUCCAUUCCAAGGGGGUUUUUGCCCCCUGAGCUUCCAUCAGUAAACCUCUUUUCUCAGAUGGCUACUGCUUCAUUUUCCAUUGCUGUGGUGGCCUAUGCAAUUGCUGUGUCUGUAGGGAAGGUCUAUGCUACUAAGUAUGAUUACGCCAUUGAUGGGAACCAGGAAUUUGUUGCCUUUGGAAUCAGCAACAUUUUCUCCGGAUUCUUCUCUUGCUUUGUGGCUACCACUGCCCUGUCACGCACUGCUGUUCAAGAGAGCACCGGGGGAAAAACACAGGUUGCUGGCAUCAUCUCAGCCCUGAUUGUACUGAUUGCGAUUGUGGCUUUGGGGAAGCUGCUAGAACCCUUGCAAAAGUCUGUCUUGGCAGCCGUUGUCAUUGCCAACCUGAAAGGAAUGUUUAUGCAAGUGUGUGAUGUUCCUCGUCUAUGGAGGCAGAAUAAGAUUGAUGCUGUCAUCUGGGUGUUUACAUGCAUAGCGUCCAUCAUCCUGGGGCUUGACCUCGGUCUGCUCGCUGGCCUUCUCUUUGGAUUACUGACUGUGGUCCUGAGAGUUCAGUUUCCCUCAUGGAAUGACCUUGGAAAUGUCCCUGGCACAGACCUCUACAAAAGCACCAAGGAUUACAAAAAUGUUGAUGAACCCGAAGGAGUGAAGAUUGUUAGCUUUUAUAGUCCUAUUUUUUAUGGCAAUAUUGAUGGCUUUAAAAAAUGCCUCAAAUCCACAGUUGGAUUUGAUGCAGUUCGAGUGUAUAAUAAAAGGCUCAAAGCACUGAGGAAGAUACAGAAGCUUAUCAAAAAGGGACAGCUUCGAGCAACAAAGAAUGGCAUCGUCAGUGAUGCCUGUGCCACUAAUCAAGGUUUUGAGCCUGACGAAGAUCCUGAAGACCCUGAAGACCUGGAUAUUCCAACUAAAGAAGUUGAGAUCCGAGUAGAUUGGAAUUCAGAACUUCCCGUCAAAGUGAAUGUUCCUAAAGUCCCCAUUCACAGUCUUAUCCUUGAUUUUGGAGCAGUGUCAUUCUUGGAUGUUGUUGCAGUGAGAUCACUAAGAAUGAUUGUAAAAGAAUUCCACCGAAUUGAUGUGAAUGUGUACUUUGCUUCACUUAAAGACCAUGUAAUAGCAAAGCUGGAACAAUGUGCCUUCUAUGAAGAUAACAUUGUAAAGGACAUGUUCUUCCUGACUGUUCAUGAUGCUGUGCUAUACAUCCAGAGUCAAAUUAAAAACGAAACUGUUCAAGACCCUAUCUUGGAAAAGAUAAAUCUGAUGCAAGAAUAUAAAGAUCCUCUUGAAAUAAUGGACAGAGAGGUGAAUGAGGGUGGUCUGGAUGUCCAGGAUGAGGCAAUGCGUCGACUUGCUUCCUGAUGGAAAGCUACUGAAGUUGGCACCACCAUAGACUGUGUAGCAAUAUUUACAAACCCAUGUCAUGCUAUGGAAACAUUUUUUGUCUUGACUAUUUCUUUGAAUUUUAAAACUCAUUUGUUUUCUAUUGCAUAUUUUAAAAAACAUUUGUGUGUUUUUCUCUUAAGACCAUCAUUAGCUCACCUCUGUUCUGCACAGAAUGGCUAAUGAGAAAAACAGGUGAAGCAAAUUUUAAGAGUAUAUGCUGAAUAUAUAGUGAAGAUUCUCCCAUGAAAAGGGGUAGAUUUGCUAUUCAUGUAAAAGGAGGUGCAUGUUUAUUUCCAGCCCCAAAAUGUAAAUCAGUGGUAGUGACGCAUUCGGAAUGACUGGGAUCAAUCUUUUGUGUGACUCUGAAACUCACAGAAAAUUAAGGUUCCAUCUUGUCUUUAUCAAUGCAGGCAGGUCUGCCUAAAGCAUAAAGCAAUGAAAAAUAAAGAGCACAACUAUUUACACUGGUUUAUUUCCAUUAAGGCAGAAAUAACAUUACAAUCUAUUAUGAUAAUAUGAUUAAAGUCAAUCUUUUCUCCCCUAAAAUACCAAAUUAGCACAUGAUAAAGAAAUGUUACUCUCUGUGAAUUGAGGCCUAAUCAGAUUUUAGAAGCUAUAAAAUUGUACUAAUAUACUUGUGAAAAAUGUACUUCUGCAGAGAGGUGUAGAUUUGAAGGGAAAGGAGGUCACUGAAGGCAUUGUGCAUCUUUUCUAAAGUGAUAGUUUUAGGGACUUUAUCAUUAAUCACAACUGAAACAAGGGAAAAUACGAACGUUUCUGGGGUCAGACAGCCCAUAUCAUGCUUAAAAGGAAAUGUUUAUGUAUAUAUCGUAUGCAUAUUCUGUAUAUGCAUAUCAUGUUUGUUUUUAAAAGUCAAGACUGAUUUGAGUUGGUAGUGUAGGCCAUUCUAAAAUCUAACAUUAAUUGUGUGAGCACUUUAAAAUUCAUAUCCUUUAAAAGAAAAGCUAUUAUACUAUUAACACUUACAAGAGCAUUGUGAUAGAGGUAUACUUUUAUUAGCUUUCUUUAAAACUGCUUGCAUUUUAUAUAAAAAACUAGCUUUUAGUAAAUUCUAAACAUAUAAUAUAUAAAACCAAAAAAUAUAUCAGAGAAAAUAUUUAAUUUUGAAAAUCAUUAAACUGCGGAAAACAAUACCUUUUAAGAUGCUCUAAAUUAAGAGGGAUUUUGGAAUUGACAAUAAAUAUAUACUUGUAUAUACAUACGUAUACACAGAAUUGAAAAAAAUCCAGAUUUUUAAACAACAAACUUUAUUAUUUUUCCGAGUGCCAAUGCAUUAUUAGGUUUUAUAAAAAAUAUUGGAGUAGGGGCCAUUAGGUGGCUCAGUGGACAGAACCAGGCCUAGAGAUAAGAGGUCGUGGGUUCAAAUAUGGCCUGUGACACUUUAGCUCAAUGAUCCUAGAUAUUUGACCCCCAUUGCCUAGCCCUUAUCACUCUACUUCUUUGGAACCAAUACAUUGUAUUGAUUCUAAGAUGAAAGAUAAUGGUUUAAAAAAAAGAAUAUUGGAAUAUGAUUGGUUCUGUAAAUUUCUUUCAUUCUAUAAUUAAUGAAGUUGCAUUUAGAGAGAAAAAAAGGUAUAGCAACUAAAUUGAGAAUAUGUGUCUUAUUUAAAGGUUAGUUCUGUAUUUAGCAUUUAUGUGUGAAAUUCCAUAGGUCUGAUAGCUAAUCAUAAAUGUCCAAAGACAGAAUCCCUUUUUUUUCUAAGUAAAAAACAAAUAUAAAUAACAAUCAUAGGAUUUAGAAUUAGAAAAGACCUUAGAAUCAUCUUGUCCAAGAAAACUAAGGCCUGAAUAGGUUAGAUGACUUGCCCAAGGUCAUGUAGAAAGAAGAUAAUGGACUUGGGAUUUGAACCCAGGACUAUCUUACUCUAAAUUCAGUGCUCCAUUUACUAUGUCAUACUACUUUCUACUACUUAUAGAAAUAAUUUUUUUUUUGUAUACCAGGUCUGAAUAGUUAAGUGGAAACAUCAUAAAAUCAAGGAGCAUAACUUAAAUACCUCCCAAAUGAGCUAAAAUGUACUAUAAUGCAAGAAAUUUUUUAAUGUUCCAAAGAUAUAUUGGACUUUAAUCUGAUUUCAAAUUUCUUCUGAGUCUUGGACCUGUCUGUUUAGUGACUAUUUUAGCCCUAAAAAGCUAGCUGUAAAAUGAGUCCUGGUAGGAAAAGAAUGUAUGCCUCUGUUUAAUAGGAAGAAUAUGCAGUUUGGUCUUUUUCUGAGAUGGAAAAUACUACAGUCACAUAUUUUAUAAUAAAGUUAUUGGAAGUUUGUAAAGCCCAGUGUGUAUUUGUGAGCAUUGCAGGCCAUACGUGAGAUGACUAAUUUUCCAAAUAGGUCCUAGGAAUGCCAUUUCUUUAUGCAUUUAUGUGACCUAUAAAUAUCUUUACCUUCACUGAAAGUUUUACUUGAAAUUAACGCCUAUUUUGUUAUAUUUUAAACUUUUAUGAAUAAGAUUUUGAUAUUGUAAAGAGAUUUAAAUAGGAAAAAAAUCAUGUACAUAUUGAAAAUAUUUGCACAUAUUUUUGUUAAUGUAAAGUUACCUUUUAAAAGACUAUGUGUUCUUUAAAAUUAUUAAAUAAAACAUGGAAAACAAA